AUGCUUCAACUUAACUGCAGGAAAUGUAAAGAGCUACCUAUUACUUUCAGUCGGUCUCGGAAUUUGCCAUCUCCAGUCAAUGUUGAGGGGUCCACCAUUAUCCCAGUGAGCAAGGUAAAGCUACUCGGCGUAACGAUUAACAGCACCCUUACGUGGAAUGAUCAUAUCGAGGAAAUAGUAAAGAAAGCAUCUCGCAAGCAGUAUUUUCUUGUGCAGCUUAAGAAAGCGAAAGUCCCAGCAAGAGAAAUAGUCGCCUAUUACUGUGCAUGUAUCCGUUCUGCAAUCGAUUACGCAUGCCCUAAAUUCCACUACUCACUUCCAAAAUAUCUCCAAGAAGAUCUGGAGAGGAUCCAGAAAAGAGCACUAGCCUGCAUUUACCCAGGAAGGCGUUACGAAGACGCCCUAUCGCUCGCUGGCCUAGCAAUGGCUAGCAUCUAUACAUGA